AUGGAACCUGGCACUCCUUCUGAGACGGCCUUUUAUUCUGCAUGCAUUGAUGGUGGCCUGAGAAAAAUACGAAAGGUCCUCGCUAACGGCUUACCCACACGUACCCUCGAGCAUGGCCUUAGUCUCGCUACUGGUGCGGCGCAUCCGGAUGUUGUGGCCGCGCUUUUCGAUGCUGGUGCUCCAAUGACGGCCUUUGCGAUAGAUGCCCUUGGUGGAAGGGAUGGCGAGCAACAUCCCGAUGUAGUUCGUCACUAUCUCAAUCGUGGUCUCAAUCCUAACCGUACGACGUCCGAUCGAGAGCCUCUCUUACGCUUCCUGAAUGCUGCCCCAGCUCGUGAGCUCCUUUUGCGAGGAGCUGAUCCCAAUCGCCGCGGACCAAAGAAGGUAGCUCCGCUUGCCACUGCACUAGAGAUCGCUUGCAAAGAUGACACAUCUUUGUUUGACCUAUUUGUCGAAUACGGGGCCAACAUAGAACCCAGUCUCUUCUUUCAGGCAAUUCGUCCGCGUGGGGUAGAUGGGGAAUUCAAGACCAAGUUCCUUCUUGGUAAGGGUCUGAAUCCGAAUACGACAUCUCCAGAAUGGGGCACGCCUUUGCACUGCGCCGUCUACAUUGCCAAGGAGGAAAUUGUCAAAAUUCUGCUAGAUGCAAGUGCAGAUCCUGCAGCGAGAUCAAAGUGCAGACAGUUCGGUGAUAAGAGCCCAUCGGAGGUGGCAGAGACGAGAAUGAAGUAUACUACAAACGUUCCAGAUCUGCAGGCUUCCUUUCUAACCAUACUCGAGCUUCUUCAAAAUUAUCAACGCUGA